UCGUGGAAAACGAAAGCACACAGUCCACGACUGCGCGUGGCGAUUGCACGAUACUUGCUAGCAAUCGUGUUUCUAACCUAGUCGUCAUCGAGCCAAAGUCACGGAUAUCUGCUAAAGUAUGACGAUAAUUUGAUAUAAUUUUCAAAAAUUGAGCUUCGACGAGUCGUGGCCGGGCUAUGUGUAAAUAAUGGAAAGAAAACGACAGGUGACAUUGGUGCUUGGCGUACUCCAAGUGUUCUUGUGCUCUUUGGCUACAGCAUGGGACAACGAUCAGCUGGAGGUCUUCGAUGUCGUCGAAGAAGUCAACAGAAACUUCUACGACCUGCUCGGUGUGCCGCAAGCAGCAAAUGCUUCCGAGAUAAGGAAAGCGUUCAGGAGGCUGUCCCUGCAGUUGCAUCCUGAUAAAAAUCCUGCAGAAGAUGCCGAGCAACAAUUUAGGCAUUUAGUAGCCGUAUACGAUGUCUUGAAGGACCCAGGAAAGAGAGAACUCUAUGACGAUGUUCUCGUCAAUGGAUUGCCAAACUGGCGAUCCGCUGUCUAUUAUUACCGCCGUGUGCGGAAAAUGGGACUCUUGGAGAUGAGCGUCAUCUUGUUCAUAUUAACGACCAUUGGCCAAUACCUAGUCGCAUGGGCAGCAUAUUUUGAAAAAAGAUACACUUACGAGCAAGUGCUCGGGAGUAAACUGCAAAAAAUGCAGAAGAAAAGUAGAAAGAGCAAGGUGGAUGUUCCAGACUUGGCGGAUAUCCUGGAAAAAAUUCCUACUCCCAGCGUGAAGAAUACGCUGCCCUUUCAGCUGCCCCGAUGGACUUUUGCUUCCAUCGUUGGCAUUCCGUCAGCCUUUGGGACGAUGCGAGAAGUGUGGGAAGAAAGGAAACGUAGAAAAAAGCUGGAGGAGGAGGAAACACAGGCCCAAGAGACCGAGGAAGUGGAACCUGAGCCUAUUCCUCGUGGGCCCAAGAGGCGAAGAGCAGCCUUCACUCCACAAGAACGCCAAGGAGAAGACGCGAGACAACUCCACGAGAAGGAAAACAACAGGUCGAAUCACGUCUACGAGAAGCCAAAAUUAACAGGCGGUUUGUGGACCGACGAUGACCUAGCGGAGUUGAUCCACCUCGUCAAAAAGUACCCCGGGGGCACGACGGACCGUUGGGAGAAAAUCGCCGACACGAUGAAUCGUACAGUCGCGGAAGUUACGCACAUGGCCAAAAAGAUAAAGGACGAAGGUUUGAAGCCCGGUCAGGCGGCGGACGAAGUCCCUGCCUUUUCGGAGGAACCGUCGAGGAAGAUCAAGACCCGUGGCGAAUCCUCGGAACCUGCCACCGAAUGGAGCCAGGAAGAGCAGCGCGCUCUAGAAGCUGCUCUUAUAAAGUAUCCCAAAGGAAACUCGAUCGACAGGUGGGAGAGGAUCGCGACCUGCGUCGAGGGUAAAUCCAAGGAGGAAUGUCAAGCUCGGUAUCGGCAACUGGUCGACCUCGUCAAGAAGAAGCGACAUCCACAGUGAACGAUACCUGGAUUGGCUCCGGUCCCCGUAACUCGGAGCGUGUACACUGACACGGCGCUCCGUCGUUCGGAUCGACAUCCUGGGAGCCGAACUUCCCCCCUGGCCUCGAAAGGCCGAUCCUGACCCGGCCAUUUUGAAUCCUCCAAAAAGCUUCUCUUCUUCCUUCCAAGACUGCGACCGUGGUCCAUUGCACGAUCGCGCACCACUUUCUACGCGUGUCUGCCCAAGAUGUACUUAUUUAAUAAAUUUAAUAAUUAAAGACGA